CCACAAUGCAUCACGCGCGAGCCUGACUCCGCUGGCUGUGGUGCUGAAGCGGCGCAUGCCGGGGGCUCGAGCGCAGACACACAAUCGAAGGCAUCCUCUCGCGCGACGGUCAAAAAUAGAUGGAAGAGGGCUUGUAAUUCAGGACUCAGUUCAUUUCAGCAUUGUCAUGUCUGGCCAAUUAUUUGUGAUUUCUAUAUAAAAUACAAUUUACGGUAGUCUGAAUUUGUGUAAGCUGUUUUGAUAGCUUAUUGCCUAUUUGCGCGGUGCGAGCUAGGUUUUUAUUCUCUCGCUCCCAUCUGUAUUGUUGUUGCCUGCCUAUCUCGCGCGUUCUUUAUGCACAGCACGCCGCUCCAGUCCUCUCGGAGUAAAUAGACCUUCGUCGGAACAGCAUGGCCCGGUCCAGUCGCGCCCACUGAGAGAGAUGGAAGCAAAACAGCACUCCAUAAAGAGCCUGAAGAGCUACCCAGAGGCGGGGGGCCGGAGCCUGGCGGCGGCCGCGGGGGACGUCGGCGUUGGAGGAGGGUGUCUUGCCGGCUCGGCACAGAUGGAGAUGGAGGCAAACAUACAGAAAGCCAUUGACUUCAAGGUGGAGGGCCACCGCUGCUACAAGGAGAAGAAAUUCCGGGAAGCGAUAGGGAAGUACCACCGGGCUCUGCUGCAGCUGAAAGGGGUGCAUUUAGUGGAUGAAAGCACGGACUCCGAGGUCAACCUCCUGAGCCAAGCCGCGGUCAAGCUGACGGAAGAGCAGCGGAGAACGGUGGAGAUCACGGAGAUCGAGUGCUACGACAGCUUGACAGCGUGCCUGUUGCAGUCCGAGCUGGUGAACUAUGAGCGUGUGAAGGAGUACUGCCUGAAGGUGCUGGGCUACCAGAGGGACCACUUCAAGGCCAUGUACCGCGCUGGCAUCGCCUGCUACCACCUGGGAGACUACGACUGUGCCCUGCGCUACCUGCGUGACGCCAAGCACCGCGAGCCCUCAGACACAAACGUGCUGCGGUACAUCCAGUUGACGGAAAUGAAGAUGAAUAGGGAGGGUCAGCGGGAGCGGGAGAGCGGCAAAGAGGCCCUUGGCUAACCUUUGACCUUUUGGCCUCUCUAUCACUAUGGCCUAUGCUACGACCCAUCCUACGUCACCUCUCCUCUCUGACCUCCUCUCCUCCUUUAUGGAGCCCAGUCCCAUUGAUGACUGGCCCGAGCGAUGCGCCUCAACCAUGUAAAAGAACAGGGCAGAAAAAGCCCUGUCUCUCUCCCUCUCUUUCUCCCCCCCCUCCAGGCGCUGUUGUUCUGUACCCCAGAUGCAGACUGUCAAACCAAGAAAAAACGAAGCAGAGGGAAAUACUAUACUAUACUCAUACAAAACAGUCAUGGUUGUCCGAAUGAGAAAAAAAACUGCUUAAAAAAAGAUAUGAUCAAAGAAAAUUGCGUAAUUUAGAGGUGUAAAAAAAAAUGUAAAAUAGAGUAGAAUUUCUUAUUUAUUCUUUCGAUGUGAGGACUGAGGAGAGGUCCAGGGUUGGGAAAGGGACCAGGGGAGGGCAGGGGAAGGAGUUUAGGAGAAAGGAAAUGGUGUAACACAUGUCAAGACCUUAGGCCAAUUCAACUGUACACCCUGACCCCUGCCCUGUCACAAUGGAGGGAGGUCUGAAAGCCACUGACCCAGACUUGUCCCGGAGAGAGAUUGUCCCCCCAGUACAGUACAGAUCAGGCUAGCUAGCAGGCUACAUCUCUGUCUUUUUAAUACGGAAUAGUCUUCAGACAAGCCGACCUUUGCGCUCAUGUUCAAUCAAUCUUCUUUUUCGUUUUCAGCUUUUAGUACCUUGUCUCUAUUUCUGGACGGUUUUUAAAUUCAAGGGCUAAUUCAAGUGUUUGUAAUUUGUCCUUUGAUCAUUUUUUUGUCUCCUGUUUGAUUUUCAUUGCACUUACGACUAUCGGUUGUUAUGAAGCAAAAUGUGUGUCCUUCCUCUUUCUAAGGAACAGAACAAACUAACUCCCACCGGACUCGCUGUUCCUCUGUUUAACAGGUGUGUUUUUGUGAACCGGUGUCUUGAAUCUGUUGUCCAAUCCCCCCUGGAAUGUGUUGUGUUGUCAGACUGUUACCCCCCUCUCCGCUUUCUAGCUAAUGAUGUCACAAUGGAAAAUAGCCAGUGGAACUGAGGUUCUAUCAAGCACCCUUGGCUGCACAGAGUUCUCUGAUUUUUUUAACUCUGAGAUCUACUUCCAGGCCCUUGAUCACUCAUGCUGAACCUUCCCAGGCGUCAGUGACAUCACAAGACACUCUUGGUAGUGUCCGUGCAGGGAAUCCGAUCCCACAUGCUGUAUCCGUCUGAGGUGUAUCAGCCAUCUCAACCCAGUCAGAUAAAAACAUCAACCCGAGUGUGCCAUUUGAGAUUCCGAAUUUUGUUGUGCAUAUUUUAAUAGAUAUCAGUGUUGCGACAAACAAAGAAAUCGGUUCAGAAAAUAAAUUAGUACAAAAAUCGCUGUCUCCAUAGGCAAAUUACACAACGGUAGUGGUAGACCAAGACAAGGGAGGAUUGUGAUUGGGGCAGGGCCAGAUAAUGACAUAUUACACAUACAGCCCAUCAUACCACUGCAUACUUUCUAAAUACCAAUCCCAGUGAUGCUGAUAAAGCCUGAAGUGUUUCUAGGAUUUAUAGAAAUACGUAGACGUACCUGCCCUGUUCUAAAGGAGAGGUUUGAGUUGACCUUAAUUCCGCCAUCUAUUACCCGUGUAACCCAGUUUCCUUCACCCUAUGUGCAAGCCAAGCCCCUGCAUGGCAAUGUGUGGCUCAAAGGGGAAGCCAUUUUGGAUGUCAGGGAUAAUGUCUGGUUCAUUGCUUUCUAUAACAGGGCAGGUCGCUCCCCCUGUCCAAUGUAUCCCGCUAAUACCCUCUAUGCUCCCUGCAAACGUAGAAUGGGUUAAUGGAGUAGUCAGCGGCAUAGCCUGAAAAGGACCUCGGUAUCUUGUGUCUCGCAUCGGGUAAUUUUCUGAGACUUUUAUGGUCCCAUGCAGAAAGAAAUGAAGGUCAGCAUCAGUGGUCUGCCUUGGCCAAGGCGAGGAGAAGAAUUCCAAAAGGACUUCAGAGGAGUGGAUAAUACAUUUGCCUGUGGCCUAAUAUGAGGGACAUUGGGACCAAAGUGCAUCAAUAAGAGGAGGCUGUUGAGGGGAGGACUGCUGAUAAUGAUGUCCGGAACGGUGGAAACCAUGUGUUUUGACGUAUUUGAUACCUUUCCAAUAUUCUGCUCCAGCCAUUACCACGAGCCCGUCCUCCCCAACUCAGGUGCCACCCAACCUCCUGUGGUGUCAAUGGGACUCUGGAGAGGCAGCAGCGCGAUGCCUGGAGCAAAUUUGUGGGAUCCAGAGAAGCGCUCCACUGUAGAGGGAAAUGGGCCAGCAGCACCAGUAACACAGCAGGAGUGCAGUGUCACUCUGAAACUGUGGAGAUGGGAUUAUGGUGAAGCAGCGUUGUGAAGAGGUUCGGGGGAGGUUUACACCUUGGUACAGAGACGGCGUGGAAAAACCCAGAGGCACCAAGAACUUCUUUCUCGCACUCUCUAUUUCUCUCUGAUUCUCAUUCUCUCCACCUCUUCCCCUCUCUCCAGAUCUCUCUCCAUAUCUCAAUUUAAAUUCAAAUUGCUUUAUUGGCAUGACGUUUCAAUGUCCAUAUUGCCACGCCUACUUUGCAAAUGGAUAUAUAUUUAACAAUAUUAACAUCAUAAACAAAAUGUAAUAAUAAUAAUCGGGAUUGUCAAUGAGUAUACACUGAGUAUACCAAACAUCGGGGCAUGGACUCUACAAGGUGUUGAAAGCGUUCCACAGGGA